GUAUCCAGGCAACGGUCCGGAGGCGGAAGCUCUUGAGAGAGAUUUUUUUCUUUGGUUUUUGUUGUUUACUUUAAUUGUGAUUGUAAUUGUUAAUUUUGAUUAGCAAUUAAUUUAAUUUAAUCUAUCCAAGAUGCAGAUCUUUGUUAAAAAUUUGGCAGAGAGAGAAAAAAGGACAGAUUCAUUGAUCAAGAGGAUAAAAAGGAUUCAAUGGCGACAAUUGGAAUCUCAUACAACGGAAGAGCUUGAAUCAUUUUAUGAGCGACAGUCAAAAUUAGUCUCAACUUUAGAUCCACCUAAACCAUUACCUCAUAAAUUAACAUCAUCUACAAAUCCUCCGACAAUUCAAACAGGUGAUCAAAUUAAAUCAUCAACUGAUUCACCAGUUAACAACAUUUUAGAUCCAUCAUUAAUUAAUCAAAAUUCUGGUCUGCCAACUUCGUAUAAUAGUAAUAAUAAUAAUAACCCAACAACAUCAUCCACUACAACACCUAAAGAUGAACCAACUAUUCCUGAUGAACAAUUAACUUCCACUAAACCAAAAUCAGAGGGAGAUGUGAAACAGUCAAAAAAAUCAAACUCCGGAUCUUCAACAGCCAAUGCACCACCGGUAGUCAAUCAAUUAUUUAAUAAUUUUACACCUUCAAUAUUAGAUUGUGCUGAAGAUGAGCUCUUACGAUCGGCUGUUGGUAUUAUCACAGCGAACCUUAAACUCCUUGAAUAUAGUUAUGAUUCUGAUGCUACUGAAAGUAGUUCGGGAGGUGAAAGUUGUGAUGAAUUUGAAAACGUUUUCAGUGACAAUUUUUCCAGAACAAAUACUAGUUCCAACAUUUUAGAACCAAUUGAAAGAAAAGCAAAUUGGAGAUGGUUAAAUGAACGAAGCGCUAUUGCCUCUCGAUGGACAUGGUUACAGGCUCAAGUUGCUGAUUUAGAAUUUAAAAUUAGACAACAAAAUGAAAUGUAUCGCCAAUUAAGAGCUAGCAAAGGAUCAAUAGCCUUUUAUUGUAAAGAAGCUCCAACCAAUAAUUCAAUACCAAAUAGUUUAACAAAAUCAUCAUUAACAGCAACACCAAGAGCAACACCAUCAUCAUCUUCAAUUUGGACACAACAACCAACAUGUUCAACAUCUUUACCAAUGAACACAUCGCCAUCAACAACCACACCAAAAACUCCUUUACUCUCAAAACCUUGUAUCCAAAUACCACCAAUAACACUGUCCACCCCGCCAUCAACACCUAAUCUAGAUUCAUUAGAAAACACCAGUAGUACAACCACAACUACAACCACAACCACAUCAACAACCACAACUGAUAGUCUAUCAAUUGAUGUUAGCUCAUUUAAAUUUGCAAAGAAUACACCAUCUUCCAAUUAUAAUAGUAACAACAAUAAUAAUAAUUCUGGUAAACUUACCAACAUGUUAGGAUCUAACAAUGGAACACUUAACACCCAAGGUAAUCUGAGUUCCAGCAGUGGUCCAAAUAGUAAUGGUCUAAGUGAUUACAGUUUACCUUCAGUUAAUAGUGAUUCAACAAUUUCUUUAUCUCCUCCAUUGGAAAAUUUGGCGGCCUCAUCAUCAAGAACCAAUUCACCGCAACCAUCAUCUUCUAAUCGUUUAUCCUCUUUCGAAUCUUCUUUACAAGAGUCAACAACAACAACUUCUACAACCACAAGUACCACCACCACAACAACAACAACCACUACUUCUACUUUCUCUUCGUCUCCCUCAAUCACAACAACUACUUCCACCCCAACCAUCCGAUCCUCAUGUAACUCAACCUCUACACCACCAAUUACAACAACAACAACAACAAGCGCAACUGGUACAACACCAUCGAUUGCACCACAAAAACAACCAGGAGGAUUAAACAAAGAUUGUACUACUCCCUGUGGCGAGGAAAAGCACGAUAUCACAUUAAACAGUGAGAAAGAGAUUCACCACUGUGCCCGAACUUUACCAUUGAAACAAAUGCGGAAAAGGAAACUAGUCCGAUCUUGUAAUGCUAUUACGGCCUCACGUAAAAUCGCUCGUUACUCAACAGUCCAGUGUAGUUGCUCAAAUUAUCCUAAAUUUGUUUCGCCUUGUGUUUUAUGCAACGGUCGCUUUAGUCAUCUCCAAAUGGUGGACACUGAUUGUAUGCCCAACUAUGAACGGUACGCGCUUUUGGACCCAAGUUAUCAUCCGGUUUUAUCGCUGCCCACUGAUGUUGCAUUAGGAUUGUAUUUCUCAAAGAUAUUGAAAAAAGACACCACCGCCGUUCAGAAGCCAUUAAAAUCAAGAAUAACCGGAACAACAAUAGCAACCUCAACAUCGUCAACAUUAUCAGCAUUAUCAUCAACAUCAGCACCACAACCAACCAAAACUAAAUCAACCAAUAAAAGCAGGUCCACUCACUCAGAGUUUCCAUUCAAAUUUGGUCAAGAUAAUAAAAAGACUCAACUUAAUCGAGGCAAAUCUCAGGCCAUUAUAUCAUCAACAAAAUUAAAAAAGAAAUAUGAUGGAACAACGAAAAAGAAAUACGCCAAAAAGAAUAAUAAUCUUCGAAAACGAAACUUCCGUGUUAAAAACGACCAAACACACGGUGAAUUCCCAUCACCUCUUUCCUCUGAGAAUUCACAUACACCGAUCCACAGGAGACGUCGAAGUGAACAAUAUGCUUACGAUAUUAAUAAUAUCGUAAUUCCUUAUAGCAUCGCGUCAACAACUCGAGUUGAAAAGUUACAAUAUAAAGAGAUUAUUACACCUAAAUGGCGAUUCGUUGAAAGUGAUAACAAUACCAAUGAUAAUAAUAAUAGUUCUAGUAAUAAUAAUAAUGAUAGUAAAGAAAUGCAAGAAAGUAUCAACGAUGGUAAACAAAUUCAACAGCAAACUUUGGAUAAUUCAAGUGAAAAGAAUAACAUCUUUAAAUUUGAUCAAGCAGAGGAAACGGAUGAAGAUAUUUCAGAUGAAGCAUUUGCUAUUCGUCAUGCCAAAUGUGAAAUAGAUGAAAGAAGACAGAGGAAUCUUCAUCUUCAUCAAAAAUCAUCUUCAGCAACAACAACUAAAAAUCAUCAUAAUCAUCCACAUCCACAUCCAAGUCCACAAUCACCAUCAACGGAAAUCAUGUCAUCUUCACCCUCGCUCACUCAAAAUUCACACACCCAACCUUUUCAAUGAUCAUUUCUAUUGCUUACUUGUCUAUUAUUAUUAUUAUUAUUAUUGUCGAAACAAACAAAAAAUACAUUCUAUCUCUCUCUCUCUCUCUCUCUCUCUCAUUAUUACUCACCUUCUCUUCUUUAACCCUCUUUUACCCGGUCCCAAAACAUCAUUAAUGCUUUUCUCAUCUUCAAUUCAUCAUUUGAAAUCAGCUGAUAAACACUCUGUCCAUAGAAACCUUAUUUCAAAUUUCUCGUCGCAUGUAAGCUCGUAUUUGCGCCUUUUGCACUCAAACAAACAAAAAAAACCACAACAAAAACUAUAAAGUUAAACAAAACAAUUGAAAACAAAUUAAUAAAAAGCAAAAAAAAAAUGAUUUAGCAUUGUAA